AAAAAAAAAAAAAACAAUAAAGUUUUUAUCAUACUGCGUUAAUUGGCUAUAGUAUUUUAUGGUUUUGUGUUCAGUCAAUUUGUGCGAAGCCCGCUGCAGUUAUGUGGUUUGUGUUAAUAUUUUUAACAAUAUGGUUUGGAAAGCAUGGGGAAGCGAGUCGAGGCCACUACAACAACAAGUCGGCGCAUGAGUUCACCACUCCGCCUGACGAGAUCGGGCCGAUGUUACCUGACGAGGGCAUGCAGGUGUCCACCGUCAUCGCCGGUCUCAUGCCGGACUCUUUUGGAGAGAUGUUCAACUUCCUCGACGGAGACAGCUUUGGUAUAGGUCCAAUGCAUGAGUUCGUGUAUGGGCUGGCAAGCCAUAGUGAAUACUAUGAGUAUGAAGAACAACGUCGAAGUUCGCAAAAGAGCUGGUCUACAGCGCUUUGCCCUAGCCAGGAUCAACG